AUGGGUGAUGAGAAAUUAACAGAAGGGUACGAGCAGUUGGUCGAUCCGAAGGUGGAUACGAAGGUGCAUUGGCAGACGGUGGUGGAUAAUGUGGGAUCAGGUUUCAGUAUCGGUUUUAUGGGUGGUUUCCCGUACCACUUGGUAAAAGGGCUGCAUCAAAACUUUGGGUUUGGCACGGCCUUGAGAUUGGCAUUCCAAAAAGCACCACUUAUGGGUACUGCUUUUGUGGGUUUUGGUCUAGCAGCUGACGCUGUCCAGAUUGUGGACUCGUCAAUUCGUGGUAAGGAGGAUUUUUACAACAUUUUCUUAGGUAACGCCUUCGAGGGAGCUGCUCUCAGGGCUAAGCAUGGAAUCAUAUCUGCGUCACGCUCCGCCCUCUGUACGGGAACUCUUUUCACCAAUGAAUAG